UGGCCAGGAGGGUGGCAGGAGUAGAGGGGACAUUUCACCAUGGAAUAUGAAGUCAAGAAAGGGAAGAAGGGCUUUGUAUCCCCCAUCCGAAGGCUGGUGUUCCCCAAGGCCGGGCGCCGGGCAGCUUGUAGGAGCAGCGUGAGCCGCCGGCCCCUGCACUCAAUGCCCCUUUAUCCCCCCGACUACCUCAUCGACCCCCAGAUUCUGCUGUGUGACUACCUGGAGAAAGAGGUCAAGUUCCUGGGCCACCUUACCUGGGUGACUUCCUCACUGAACCCCUCCAGUCGGGACGAGCUCCUGCAGCUGCUAGACACCGCCAGGCAGCUGAAGGAGCUGCCGCUGAAGACCACGGCGGAGCAGGACAGCAUCCUGAGCCUGUCUGCCCGCUGCCUGCUGCUCACCUGGCGCGACAAUGAAGAGCUCAUCCUGCGAAUCCCUACGCACGAGAUCGCCGCCGCCUCCUACCUGCAGGACGACGCGCUGCACCUGCUAGUGCUCAAGACCGGUCUGGGCGUGGACCCGGUGCCUGCCGGCGUGGACGCCAGCCCAGGCGGCGCAGGACGCGACCCCGGCCAGCCAGGUGCGGCUCCCGAGAAGCGGCGGGUGGGCACCGCGGAGCGGCGCCACACCAUCUGCAGCCUGGACUGGCGGAUGGGGUGGGGUGGGGGCGCCGCGGAGGCCCGGGCCGGGGGAGGAGGCGGCGGCAGCCUGGAGCGCCAGCGCGCCGGGGCGCGGGCGUCGGGUAGCUGGGAGCGACGGCAGACGUUCAGCGGCAGCUGGGAGCGGCGGCACGGAGGCGGCGGCGGCGGCGGCGCGGGGAAGCCGGGCGGCAGCUGGGAGCGGAGGCAGGCGGGCAGCGGCGGUGGCAGCUGGGAGCGGCGCCACCCCGGCCCCAACCCGCUCGACCCGCAGGACCCCAGCCCUGACGCCUACUGCAACCUGGUCAUCCUGGCUGUAGCCAACAGGGACGCUGCAGAGGAGUCCUGCGCACUCAUCUGUCAGGUCUUCCAGAUCAUCUACGGGGACCAGAGUAUUGAGUGUGUGGACAGGGCUGGCUACCACUACACAUCCACACCUGAACGGCCAUGGCUCUGCAGCCGCAGUGAGAGCUGCCACACAGAUGGGACGUAUGCCUAUGACGCUGACUUCAGCUGCUGCAGCUCCUUCAAUGGCUCCCAGGACACCUUUGAAGCAUGUUACAGCGGCACGUCCACACCUUCUUUCCACGGCUCCCACUGCAGCAGCAGCGACCACAGCGGUCUGGGCUUGGAGCAGUUACAGGAUUACAUGGUCACGUUGCGGAGUAAGCUGGGGCCCCUCGAGAUCCAGCAGUUUGCGAUGCUGCUGCGGGAGUACCGGCUGGGGCUGCCCAUCCAGGACUAUUGCACAGGCCUGCUGAAGCUCUACGGAGACCGGCGCAAGUUCCUCCUCCUUGGGAUGCGGCCCUUCAUCCCGGACCAGGACAUUGGCUACUUCGAGGGCUUCCUGGAGGGCGUGGGCAUCCGCGAGGGCGGCAUCCUCACUGACAGCUUCGGCCGCAUCAAGCGCAGCAUGAGCUCCACGUCGGCCUCCGCAGUGCGCAGCUACGAUGGCGCGGCGCAGCGGCCCGAGGCACAGGCCUUCCACCGGCUGCUGGCUGACAUCACGCACGACAUCGAGGCGCUGGCCCCCGAUGACGAUGACAACGACGACGAGGAUGAGCCCCGGGGCUCCAGGGGCGGGAGCGACGCCGCCGAAGACAACUACCUGUAGCCACCACCCCUGCGGACGGCGUGACCCCGCAGCCCACCUCUGAGUCUCGGCUUUGCUUCGGGGACCCUAUCCCCAGGGCCCCCCCAUCACACCUGGCGGGGCCAGGGGGCGUCUUCACUCCAGGGUCUCGCUCCCUGCCCUUGGGGGCCCAAGGCCAUGCAGUACCGAGACUGUCCUGCAGGGGGAAAGCGAAGCCGGGCCCUAAAGUCUGGGGCUCACGGGCCGCUCUGCCGGGCUGGGGCUGGGCAGCGAUCCUGCUCCGUCCCAGAAGCCCAGAGGGAUCAGCCCCAGAACACACCCUCCUCCCCGGGACGCCGCAGCUUUCUGGAGGCUGAGGAAGGCAUGAAGAGUGGGCUCCACCUGCUGGCAGAUUGAGAAAAGAAUUUCCAGAACUCGGUCCUAUUUUACAGAUUGAGAAACUAUGGUUCAAGAAGAGGGGAAGGGGCUUGAGGGAAUCUCCUGAUUCUCCUUACAUGACCUCAAACUGACCAUACUAAAUAGUGUAGAAGGUCUUUUUAAGGCUCUAAAUGUCAGGGUCUCCCGUCCCCUGAUGCCUGACGUGUACAGUCAGUGUGGAGUAGACGGUUUCCUCCACCCAGGGUUGACUCGGGGAUGAACUGGGUCCCAUUCUGGCCUUAAGACCCCAAACAAGGGUUUGUUCAGCUGCAGGAUCUGCAGCCUCUAUCUGGUUAGUGUCGUAACCUCUGUGUGCCUCCCGUUUCCCCAUCUGUCCAGUGAGCUCAGCCCCCAUCCACCUAACAGGGUGGCCAUGCCAUAGGGAUUACUGAGGGUUAAGACCUUAGACCUGGGUCUAGCACACGAUAAGUGCUCAAUAAAUGUUGUUCCUUUCCACAUCAAA